AUGGGACAGCUUACAGUGCUGAGGACUGUUCCUGCACUCUUCUUAUCCGACGACAGCAGCAGCAGUAGUGAAGAGAACAUUUGGGGAAAAGCCGAUGCUAAAGUGUGCAACCGAGAAGCUGAAGAUGACAGCCAUUUCUAUAUGGAGAUGGUCCAGGGUCAUGGUUGGAUACGACGAGCUUGUGCAAAAGGAACAAUGUUUGAUGCUAGUACCUGCCGUUGUUCUGCAUCCGAAGAUGGUUCAAGUGACAGCAGCUGUGAAGAUGAUGAUUCCGAAUCUGAAGAAUGGGACGGACAUUGUUUAUUAAAAGCAACAAGCAGCCAAAAUAAUUUCCUUCAAUUUGUCGAAGGUCAUGGUUGGAUGACCCGACAUUGUCCAAAGGGCACUGCCUUCAAUGCUGGUGACUGUGGUUGUACAGUAUCUGUCCGUUCCGAUGAGAGUAGCAGCAGCGAAGAAGAUUCCUGGCAGUACCAAUCUUAUGGCAAGAGUCAAAGCGAACGAUCCGGUUAUGAUGAUAGCAGCAGCAGCAGCAGCGAGGAAGACAGCAAUCAUUGGGGUCAGCAAACUUAUGGCAAAGGCCUUAGCGUACAUGAAGGCGAUGGCGACAGUAGCAGUGAAGAAGACGGAAGUUCUUGGAAUACCGCUAAUUAUCGCAAAGGAGCCAUUCCCUGCACACGAAAACCAACCCAUGAUAAAAGCACUUAUUUGCAGUUUAUUGAGGGUAAGGGUUGGACAAGUCAACCCUGUCCUGAAGGAACAGCAUAUAGUGCCGAUGAUUGCGCAUGCUCAGUUACGGUUGCUCAUGGAGACACUGAUGUUAGCAGCAGCAGUGAGGAAGAUAUCCAUUCUUGGGGACAACAGACUUACGGCAAGACCAGCAAUACACGGUCCGGUUAUGGUGACAGUAGCAGCAGUGAGGAAGAUGGCCAUCCUUGGAGUCACCAUGGAAAGGAUAUUAAAAUACCAGCAGGUUAUGGCGAGAGUAGCAGCGAACAAGACGGCAUUUUCUGGAAUACCGUUAAUUAUCGUAAAGGAGCCUUUCCUUGCACACGAAAACCAACCCAUGAUAAAAGCUCUUAUUUGCAAUUUAUAGAAGGUAAGGGUUGGACAAGUCAACCAUGCCCCGAAGGAACAGCGUACAGUGCUAACGAUUGCGCAUGCUCUGUUAAUGUUGCUCACGGAAAGAGUGACGAUAGCAGCAGCAGCAGCAGCAGCAGCGAGGAAGACAGUAAUUUGGGGUAUCAGCAAACUUAUGGCAAAGGCCACAGCGUACAUACGGCUAGCUAUGGUAAAGGAGCCGUUCCUUGUACACGAAAACCAACCCAUGAUAAAAGCUCUUAUUUGCAAUUUAUAGAAGGUAAGGGUUGGACAAGUCAACCAUGCCCCGAAGGAACAGCGUACAGUGCUAACGAUUGCGCAUGUUCUGUUAAUGUUGCUCACGGAGAGAGUGACGAUAGCAGCAGCAGCAGCAGCGAGGAAGACAGUAAUUUGGGGUAUCAGCAAACUUAUGGCAAAGGCCCGAGCAUACAUACGGCUAGCUAUGGUAAAGGAGCCGUUCCUUGUACACGAAGACCAACCCAUGAUAAAAGCUCUUAUUUACAGUUUAUCGAGGGUAAAGGCUGGAAUACUCUACCCUGCCCCGAAGGAACAGCUUACAACACCGAUGACUGCGCAUGCUCAGUUACUGUCACUCCCGAAGAUAGCGAAGAUUGUAGCAGCAGUGAAGAAGAGAGUCAGUCUUGGAGUAAGCAAAGUUAUGGCAAGAGCGGCAGCCCAAAAUCUGGCUUCGGAGACAGUAGCAUCAAAGUAGACGGAAGUUCUUGGAAUACCGCUAGUGAUACUAAAGGAGCUUCUCCCUGUACCCGAAAACCUACCGACGAUAAAAUAUCUUAUUUGCAGUUCAUAGAAGGUAAAGGCUGGAAGAGGCAACCCUGUCCCGACGGAACAGCUUACAGUGCUGACGAUUGUGCAUGCUCAGUUAGUGUUGCUCAUGGAAGCAGUGAUGACAGCAGCAGCAGUAGCAGUAGCGAGGAGGAUAGUCAUUCUUGGAGUCAGAAGAGUUUCGAAAAAGGCCCCAGAUUUUCAGCAGGUUAUGGCGACAGUAGCAGCGUAAAAGGUGACAGUUCUUGGAAUACCGCUGGCUAUAUUAAAGGAGCUGCUCCCUGUACGCGAAAACCUACCCACGAUAAAAUAUCUUAUUUGCAGUUCAUAGAAGGUAAAGGCUGGAAGAGGCAACCCUGUCCCGACGGAACAGCUUAUAGUGCUGACGAUUGUGCAUGCUCAGUUAGUGUUGCUCAUGGAAGUAGUGAUGACAGCAGCAGCAGUAGCGAGGAGGAUAGUCAUUCUUGGAGUCAGCAAAGUUUCGAAAAAGGCUCCAGAGUUUCAGCAGGUUAUGGCGACAGUAGCAGCGUAAAAGGUAGCAGUUCUUGGAAUACUGCUAGCUAUCAUAAACAAGCCGUUCCCUGCACCCGAAAAGCAACCCACGAUAAAAGCUCAUACGCGCAGUUUAUUGAGGGUUGGGGCUGGAUAACUCAACCCUGCCCCAAAGGAACAGCUUACAACGCCGAUGACUGCGCAUGCUCAGUUACCGUUGCUCAUGGAGAAAGUGACGAUAGUAGCAGCAGCAGCAGCGAAGAAGACCAGUAUUAUUGGAGUCAGCAAAGUUACGACAAGGACUCCAGCACAACUUCCUCUUUUGGUGAUAGCGGCAACGGAGCGUACCGUAAUUCUUGGAAGGCUGCUUCGUUUGGUAACAGGCACGUUUCGCAUUCUGACAGAGAUAGCAGUAACAAAAAAGAGGAUGGUAAUUCUUGGCACCAUACCACUUUCAACAAUGGUCGUGCUUCACGCUUUUCACAUGGGUCUGGUUCUUCGUAUAAUUGA